AUCUAAUCUAUCUCCUUCUCUCUCAAUCCUUCCUAGCUAGGGUUCGAGCUACUUGGAUAUUUAGAAACAGAAACAAACAUAAGGAUGAACACGUACAACAUGGUUAAACAAGAAUUUCUCAAGAAAUGGAUAACUACUCUACACAUGUUAGAUUCUUUUGUUGGAUAUCCCACGAACGUAAGGAAAGACAUGAUAAGACUAUCGUUGGACACAGCAAUUGCAGCUGCAAGAAGCGGCGCAACCAUAUGGAGGUUGACCAGAAACAGGACAACCAACAAACAUGUGGUUCGUCGAAUACUCAAGAAAGCUCGAAAUAGGGUAAAGAAUCGUUGUACAACUAUUGGACGAAAUGCUAACUUUACUGCGAAUGUCAGAGUGAGAAAACGUAUGGAGUUGCUCAAGAGGCUAGUGCCAGGAAGCAAGUUGAUAGACAAAGACAACGAUGAUUAUUUGAUAAAAUAGACACUUGAUUAUAUUGUUUAUCUCCGAGCGCGAGUUGACGUUAUGCCAACCAUCGCAGACGUCUAUUUGAAUUCAGUCACCGGAGACUUACCGAGUGACCGUAGGAACAAAUAAAUGUGCAUGCAUUUCACACUCUUGUGAAUAUGAAGUACCUAAUAUGA